AUAUGCCUUGCCGUAGGGAGUGAAGAUCAAGAAAUAAUACCCGAGAGUGUGACAAAAAGGACUGUUUUUGUAUGACAGCAAGACGUAGUAGUGGGAGUAGUUUACAGAUUGUCGUUCACUGCGCAUGCUUUCGCGCUGUCUUAUGAUUGGAUGAGUCAACAUACUUGGUACAGUGGAUCAAUUUGGCUUUCAUCAUUACCGCCGCAUGAGAUAGCGACCAACUCGUGAGAGCCGUAACACACGAUUCCCUUUUGCUGUCAAGAAUCAGCCAUUUGACCUUGUGGAGAUAGCAUUUUUCAAUGGAACUCCCAAGUUACAUGAAAGAAGCUGAGUGGGUUCGCAUUGGUCGACUAGUGUUUGAGGUCGCACUUGCAUUUUCCGGCGUUUUAGGCAACAUUGCAGUCAUUCUAGCAGUUGGAAGUCGCCCUUUCAUGCAAUCUGUUACUAACAUUUUUAUCCGCAACCUAGCAGUUGCAGAUCUCGGUCUUCUGCUGUUUUCGUUUCCUCUUGCUGUUAUCAAAGAGCAGACUUUGUUCCGGUGGCCUCUUGGUCCUCAUGUCUGCCAGAUAAUUUACCCUUUAUCAGAAGUUUUUCUCGGAGUUUCGUCUUGGUCCAUGGCAAUUAUCGCUGUUGACAGGUAUCGCGGCAUUGUGAAUGACAGUCACGUGCGAUCUUUGAAUCGCGCCCGCUACAUCUGCGUAGUACCGUGGGUGGUGUCCUUCCUCGUCCUAUCCCUCCCCCUGUUGGUAGUCACCCGUUACUGGGAGGGAUGGGGGAUCAAGGAUUGUAUCCACGAGUGGCCCAUGGAGUAUUAUAACGCGAUGAACCAGGCGUACGUCUUAAUCGCCAUGGUAUACACAUACCUGACGCCUCUAGGGAUCAUCAUCUGGACAUACUGGAUGAUCUUCCGUAAACUCGGCAAAAGCACGGCCUUCAAUACCGCGCAAGGACGAAAACCAACAAGACACGACGAGGCGCGCAUCAAACGCAACACGCGUGCCAAGAGGAUUCUCACUCCCGUGGUGGUCGUCUUCGGCCUCUCCAUGCUACCGGUCACUGUCUUUCGCCUUGUGAUGGUGUACAUCCCUUCCCUGGUGUACUACCACUACUUGUUUGUGCUUUACAAUAUCUGCAUGAUCACAACUGUGAUCAACUCAUCGGCAAAUCCGUUCAUUUAUGCCAUCGUCUCGGAUAAUUUCCGCAAGGCUUUCAAAAGCAUGUGCAGAGUGCCCGACAAUUUGCAUAGAGGAGGACGACGAAUUUACGGACAGCUCAGCUCUGUGUCCGGGAAUACGACCAUGGGACUUCGGACACAGGCCACGAGGUUAUCACGACUGUCUACGAUUACGAGUGAGGAUCAGUCACCAGUGCUAGACGAGAGGCAAGAUGAUGAAGAAUUGUGAUUAUCUGGUCUUGUUCUGACAUCUAAUUUGAUGCAUCAAGUUGGAUAGUACGAAUAUGGAAUAUGAUUCCGUAUGAUAUGAAUAUGAUAAAUAACUGUUACUAAGACCUUUGGAUUUGUGGCAGGUUCUCCACCAGAGAGUACUGUGGGUACCAUAAUGUUGCCGCUUAUCCAGAGACAUAAGCAAAACCUUUUAAUUCUUGUGUCAUGUCAACACUAAUUUCACGGGCAUAAAAGUGUACUUUUUACAAAUUUGUUUUCAACUGGCUAAUACCAAGAGUUACGGGUAAGGAAACAUUGAGACAAAGGCCAUGAUUAAGAAUGAGUUAGGGCCUCGAGGGCUUAUUGGAUGACUAGUGGUAGACUAUUGGUAGUUGGUUAGUAUCUAUUGGUAGACUAGGUGGUAGUUGGUUAGUAUCUAUUGGUAGACUAGGUGGUAGUUGGUUAGUAUCUAUUGGUAGACUAGGUGGUAGUUGGUUAGUAUCUAUUGGUAGACUAGGUGGUAGUUGGUUAGUAUCUAUUGGUAGACUAGGUGGUAGUUUAUGAAUGUAAAACUGUAGUUUACUAGAGUAUGUGGAUGUCUUCUAGUGUAUGAUAUCAUUAAUGGAAAUUAAGGGAACAUUUGUGAAAAUUCAGGCCUGUACCCAGGGGGAGGGGGUGCGAACGCACCCCCUCCCCCCACAACGGCCGAAGGUCCACUUUCGAUUCUCAAU